GUCGUUGGCCGGGCGGCUUCGGAAGGACCGCGAUGAAGGUGUGGGUGCUGUUGCCGUUGACGUGUGUGUUCGCGGUGAGCGCAAUAGAGGCGCCUGAAGGCGGCUUCCUCUUCACGGCGCCCAAGCUGCUACAGGGCGGCACCAGCGAGCAUGUCUGCGUCACGCUCUUCAAGCUCCCCGGGCCGGGGCGGAACGUGGCCAUCACCCUCCCAGACGAGAUCGACGACACCACCUGGUUAUCGCUGGUGGAGCCGAUACCGGACACUGUAGGCUCUGAUGGCGUUCAUUGUUUCGAUCUGCCCAUGCCGCACUCGAUUUUCUUCACGACGGCCACCCUGCAUCUCAACAUUUCCAACGCCGCCGGGCUGCGCUUCUCAGACUCGUCCAGGGUGUCCAUCAAGGGCUUCACGCUGGUGACGCUGAUUCAGACGGACAAGCCCCGAUACCGUCCCGGGGACAAAGUCCUGAUCCGUGUCAUAUCCCUGAGAUAUGACCUCACUCCUGUUAUCGAAAACAUUCCUGAGGUGUGGGUGACCACCCCAGGCAACAUUCGCGUCGCCCAGUGGAGAGACAUCAAGACCACCGGAGGCCUCAUCCAGCUGGAGCUGCAGCUGACCGAGGAGCCGCCCCUGGGUCGCUGGGAUAUACGUGUGGAGACCAAUGGACUACCCAAAACCGAACAUUUCCUGGUGGAGGAGUAUGUGCUGCCCACAUUCGAGGUCAAAAUUAAGAGCCCCAACAACCUGCUUGAGGGAGAGAAGACAAUCACCGUCGACGUCUGUGCCAAGUACACCUUCGGUCAGCCACUGAUUGCAGCCGCCGUGACGGUGAACGUGACGACAAGGCGCGGUCCUGCAAACAGUAUUAGUGACACCCUCACGACGGACAAGACAGGCUGCGCCUACUCAGAUCUGGUUGUGGAUGAGCUAUUGUCAAGGCCAUACGCUUCAGCCCUCAUUAACGUGACCGUGGAGGAGUUUGGCACGGGUCUCAGCCAAUCACAGACGCGUUCGGUGCACAGACCUCCCUCCAGAUCCGCCACGGGCUACAUUCCAGACAACACCCAACAGUUCAUCAAGCCCGGCCUGCCCUACUACGGCCGGUUCAGUGCCUUCGACCGGGAUAGCUCGCCCCUUGCCGAAAAGGACGUCCUGGUGUGUUUUAAGGCCAACUACAAGGACAGAACUGCCAUAAAAAGCGGGAGCGAUCCCACCAAGACCAUAGAUGAUGCCCUGUUUGACGUCUAUAGAAGGCACUCGGAGCGCUUGCAGAACGAGUUCGGCUACACGCCGCUGAUCUGGGAGACGGAGGAUCCGGAGCGACUCUCGACGGCCGAACAGUGCCGCAACUUCACCACCGACAGUCAGGGCCAACUCCUCUACUUCGUCCCGCCGCAAGCGCCCAUCGUGGACAGUGUUGACGUUAAGCUGAAUCCGGGAAGAGGCGACGGUGACGUGGAGCGCAAUCUCGUGGCCUUCUUUUCCCCCUCCGACUCGUACCUCACCAUUGACGCCCACCUGCUGCCCAACGAGCUGCCAUGUCGCGGUGACAUUACCGUCCAGCUGCUGACGUCGCUGGAGACGGACGUACCGCCAAUGGUAUACCAGGUAAUGGCGCGUAGCCAGAUCCUGCAAUCAGGCCGAGUGUUCAGUUCGAGCCUGACACUGCCGGUGACGCCGGCCAUGAGCCCGCAGUUCAAGCUGCUGGUGUUCUUCGUGCUGGACUCGGGCGAGGUGGUGAGCGACGCGGCUAUCCUCAAGGUGGAGAAGUGCUUCAAUAACCAGGUGGAUGUCAGCUGGGACAAGGAGACGGCCCGGCCCGGGGAGUCCGCCUCUUUUACCGUCAGCGCCUCGCCCGACUCCGUGUGUGGCGUCAGCGCCGUGGACCGGCGCACAGAGCUGCUGGGCACUGGCAACCAGAUCACCGUGGAGGACGUGUUUGGUCGGCUGAGGCAGUGGAUCACAACCGCCUUUCACGCCCCUAGACAGGUCAUCAGCCGGGGGGAGAGGGAAGGAGAUUGGCGGUGUCGGGCGGUGCAUCGAAUGAAGAGCAGGGACAGAACGCCGCGCGGCCCUCCUCACAGGCGGGUGGCAUCCGUUCUCAGAGGUCGCGCGGGACACCGCCACCGGAGCCCCUUCAGAACCGACCGGUUCGACGCCCUGAAGGCAUUCGACGAGACGGGCUUUCUGGUGGUAACCAACCUGGUGUUGGAGACGAGGCCCUGCUACAUAAAGAUGAAGGUUCCUCCUUCGCCAGCAGGGGUGCAGUUUGCACCCCCGAGGGUACACGCAAGCAGUGGUGGACCAUCGACAGGAGCUGGAACAGUAGGCCAACUAGGUCGGAUCGAGGAACAGAUUCGCGACUUUUUCCCGGAGGCGUUCCUCUAUUCCAUCGAGACGAUUGGCCCGGAAGGCAUCAAAGUGCUGACCCAAGACAUGCCAGACACCAUCACGUCGUGGGUCGGCUCCGCCGUCUGCUCCCACCCCCAGGACGGAUUCGGUGUCUCCAAAAAAACAGACAUCAGGACCUUCAAGCCGUUCUUCGCGGAGGUCACGCUGCCGUACUCCGUGAAGCGCGGAGAGAUCCUAAAGAUGGCAUCCACCGUGUUCAACUUCCUCGACUCCAGUCUGUCGGUGUACCUGGAGCUGGCGGCGUCGGAGGAUUACUCGCUCGCGGACGAGGUCUCGCCCGCGGGCAUUGACCUCUGUGUGCCGGCGGGCCGCUCCAAGGUCAGCCACUUCCCGCUGACCUUCACCUCUCUGGGCGAGGUCAACAUCUCCGUCACGGCCAGACUCCGAGACGGCAACUGUGACCAGCCGAACGCCGUCGGCCCCGGCAGUGACACGGUCAUCCGUCCGCUAGUGGUCAAGCCCGAGGGAUUCCCGCAGGAGGAAACAACGUCACGGUUCGUGUGCCUGGACGAAGGAGCUGAGCCUCACGUGGAGCGGAUCCCGAUGGUGGCUCCUGAAGGCCUGGUGCCGGGCUCUGAGCGGGCCUAUUUCUCCGUGGUGGGGGAUCUGCUCGGACCUUCAUACGAUAACUUGGGUCGCCUGGUUGACAUCCCGACCAGUGGAGGAGAGCCCAACAUGUUGGCCUUCGUGCCGUACAUCCACAUGAGGGCGUACCUGGAGCACACCGGACUGCUGACUCGCCGGGACCGGGACCGGACCACCAACGGCAUGAGACGAGGGUACCAGACCCAGCUGCGGUACAGGCGUCUGUACGGCUCCUACUCCUCGUUCGGCCAGGAUGACCCGGAAGGCUCGCUGUGGCUCACCGCCUUCGUCAUUAAAUCCUUCAAGGAGGCGUCCGAGUACAUCGACAUCGACGAGGUGGCGACCUCGCAUAGCUUCAACUGGCUUGUGCAAAAACAGCAGAAUGACGGCUGCUUCCCUCUACUUGGAAGCGUCAUUCACAAAGAGCUCAAGGGCGGCACGGAGCGGGGCGGUCCGGCCGCCCUGACGGCGUUCGUCAUGCUCGGCCUCGGGGCAUACAGCAACAGGAGUCUGGAGAAGGGCUUCAAAUGCCUGGAACACGGCAUCAGUCUGACCAACAAGACGCUCUAUGCCGAGGUGCUGCUGGCCUACACGCACGUAGCAUUAGGCCGGGAACAGCGCGGCCAACAGCUGGUCUCCGCUCUGAUGCAGAAGGCCAAGACGGACGGACCGGACACCCUCUUCUGGGAAGGCGAUCGCCGCUCCAUCUACGGCGGCAGUCGGGCGGUGGACAUUGAGAUGACGGCAUACAUGGUACUCUCCCUGGUCAAGCUCUCGGGUCAAGAGAACAUGGAGCAGGCGGCGCGGGCCGUCAAGUGGAUCAACAGGCAGCGCAACAGUCUGGGCGGCUUCAUCUCCACACAGGAUACCAUCGUGGCGCUGCAGGCACUGACAGAGUUUGCCAAACGCACUUUCUCCUCGGAGUUGUCCUCUCGCGUGAUAGUUAGUGCUGGCGGACGCCCCUCCACACUCGUGGUGGACCCGUCCAACCGUCUGCUUCUGCAACAAGAAAAAGUUGCUGACUUUCAGCUGCCAGCUGAGGUCACCUUCACCGUCAGCCCGGCCGGCUGCGUCAUCUACCGCACCAGCCUCCGCUACUCCAGCCGCGCUCGAGUGCCGAAGCCGGCCUUCUCGCUGGCGAUGACCUCGGAGGCUCGCCCCAGCCGCUCUCCAGGCACUUCGUAUGAGCUGGAGGUAUGCUCCGCCUACAUCGGGGACUCCGACCAAUCGGAGCGCGUCGUGCUGGAGGUGGAAAUGCCCUCGGGCUACACUGCCGUCAGCAGCACACUUAUGAAUCUCCGAAGCAGCGGUGCGGUACGCAAGUACGACUUCAGCACGGGUAAGGUGACCUUCACGCUGUCCAAGGUCACUGAAGAGAAGAUUUGCCUCAAGUUCCGUAUCAUUCGGGAAAACGAGGUGGAUGGCCUGAAGCCGUCGGUGGUGCGAGUCUACGACCUCUUCAGGCCUGAGGACCGCAAUAUGCUGGAGUAUGAACUCUCGCCUGCAUCUGCUCUCCCCGCUUGAAACUUAUGUCAACGACCUGUGUGUGCGUCUUCCCUGACGGACCCUUCUACCUUACGGGCUGCUUCUGACGAACUACCGACUCGGGCAAAUAACUCGCACAUGCCAAAACAACGUUUGUGCCACCAACGUUAACGAUGUGCGAUACGCGUAGCUGGAUGGAAGUGGUCGAAACUGUUGUGCGUAUAAGAAGGCUACAACAACAUUCCGCGAGAAUAUAUGU